AUGACAACUUAUAACGGUACCGGCGCCCUUGCCGGCUGGAACUGGUGUCUCUCGUACCUGGUGACGGCAGGUAUCUUGAUCGGAUUCGACGCGUCCGGCCACGUUGCCGAAGAGACGAAGAACACAUCCCUCAAUGCAGCGAAGGGGACCUUCUGGAGCACCGUGAUCAGCGGCGUACUAGGCUUCACGGCGGUGAUCCUGUUCCUGUUCACCUCUGUAUCCCUUCGUUCACUGUACGCCGCCCUCCCGGGCUGUGGCGGCCACCUCGUCAUGAACCUCCUCUCUAUCAUUGCUCUAUGGCUCAACACCUCCAUCGCCACCACGGCGGCCUCACGCCUCGUCUUCGCUGUCGCCCGCGACGGCGUGCUCGUCUUCGCGGCUGGUGUCCCCUCCGCCGCGGCGUAUGGACUCAUCAGUCUGGGGCGCUUGACACUGACCCGUCAUCAUAAGCUGGAUGCGAAGUGGUCGCUGGGCAAGUGGAGGACUCGUUGGUCGUUGAACUAUGCGCCGAUUAUCAUGGCAAUUGUCACAGUUUUUGCGGUUGUGUCGUGGUGGUUAACGCCGGCGGACGCGCGGUUGAGGCAGGAGUCGGUUGAGCAGGCCGGUGCUGCGUCGACGGGGUCAGGGGACAAGUAG